AUGGACUACUGCAGCAGCUUGCACAACCUCGACCAGGUCAAGGACAAGCCAAACUUCAGGAUGGUCAAGGGGAAUCUGCUCUCUGCGGACCUGAUGAACUACACGCACGUGGACAACUCGUUUGGCAACUCGUUCGCCUUCACGGAGAACAACGUCCUCGGCACGCACGUCCUCGUGGAGGCUGCGAAGAAGGCUGGCAUCCGCCGCUUCAUCCACGUAUCGACCGACGAGGUGUACGGCUCCUCCUACUCCGAGGAGCCGAGCCGUAAGGAGGGGGACGUGCUCGAGCCGACCAACCCGUACGCGGCGACCAAGGCGGCCGCCGAGAACAUCGCGCGAUCAUGGUUGGGCCUGCUUCCUGCACAAAACAAGAAAAGCGUUUGGAUAUCUAUGCACGGCGGGUCGCCCUUUCUUUAG